AUGGACCCGUACCGCGACGAUCCGCACGCGACGACGCCGGUGCGGUACCCAACGACGUCGUAUCACGCGGUAUCGUACGGGCAACCCGCGCCGAGCGCGAUCGCGGGAGCGUACGAUGGGCAAGGCGGAGGUAACGCGCCGAGAGACGGCGGUAGGCGAGACGCGGGACGCGCGAGCGAAGUCUCCGGAGCGCCGAGCGGGAACGCGAGGUAUCGAGCGAUGUCGCUGCCGACGGGAGAUGGCGAUGAUAUCGAAGACGUCGUCGUUCAGGUCGGUCUGGAUGGGGUGAAGACGUUCGCGGUGGGGGACCAAACGGUUGCAAGACGAGCGUUCGACUUGCCAAAUGUGUCCGCGUGGUCGCUCAAGGAUCCCACGAUUCUCACCGUUCAUGUGAAAGAUGGCGGCGGAGAGGUAGUGUUGUCGCUCAGUGCGGAUGUGGAGACGAUCUCGGCCAUGGUGGACGUCCUGACGACGUCGGCGUUUCAAUGGUGCGAGCUCAACGGAUUGGACGCGAUGGAUACUAUCGUGUCCACGGGAACCGAGUGGAAGAACCUCAGGGCAGGCACGACGAACGGCGGGAUGGCCGCAAUGUCGCCUUUGUCGUCCGUAUCCGUCGUGGGUAUUCAGUUCUGGGAUUCUCCCGAGUAUUCCGGUUGGCUUACAAAGCAAGGGGAGAUGUUGAAGACGUGGCGCAAGCGUUGGUUCGUGUUGAAGGAUGGGUAUCUGGUAUGGUACAAGACAAACAUCGUGGACGCUCGCGCGGUCACGCGAGGACAGAUUCCUUUGAGCACGAUAGACAAUGUCUCUAUCGCCUCAGAAGCUGCCGCCGGAAGACGUUUCGCGAUUCUUGUCGACGGGGCGCUUCCUGCGAAACUUGGCACUCGAUAUCUUGUCGCCGAUUCCGAGCGCGAACGCACGCAGUGGAUCGAGGCGCUCCAAAAGGGCAUGCGUGAACGAAGCACGGUGCUCUCUACUGGAUCCUCGCCCGCGGCGGAGCUAUUGCGCCAGGGAUACGCGCAGGUGACGACGCCGACGCCUGCGCAUCACUCGCCCGCGCCGGUACCAACUCCCGCUCAGCAGUUCGCAGAACCGUCAAACAUUCAGAUUGAAUUCCAGGGCUACGCCUCCGCCACGCCCGCCGCGCCCAAGGCACAGUCACAAACGCCCUCAUCGGGGGCAUCGUACGUCACUUUACCGCCACUGCCCUUUGCUCACCCGUCUUCCGCCGCCGGCUCUGCGAGCUUCGCCGCUCCACCGGCUGCUCCGGUUUCGAGUGACUACAGCUAUCCGACAUCUUCCUACUCCCAAUCCCAAGUGGACGAUUGGACGACUUAUCACACCCCAGAAGGAAAGCCGUACUACUACAACUCGAAAACCGGCGAAACGUCCUGGGAACGUCCGAGAAGCUAG